AUGGCUUUUGCAAAACCUCAAAGUCAAAGAGCGUCUUUUUCUUCAAUUUCUACUCGUGGUUGGAAUUACGAUGUUUUCUUGAGCUUUAUGGGUGAAGAUACCCGCCAUAAAUUUGCAGAUCAUCUCUACAGAGCUUUGAAUCAGAAAGGAGUUCGUACCUUUAGGGAUAAUGAAGAGCUAGGAAGAGGAGAAGAGAUUGCACCAGAACUUUUAAAAGCUAUUGAAGAGUCCAGGAUUUGCCUCAUAGUUCUGUCGGAAAACUAUGCCCGUUCUAAGUGGUGUUUGGAUGAACUGGCAAAGAUCAUGGACUGCAGGCAGAAAAUGGGAAAAUUAGUUUUUCCGAUUUUCUACCAUGUGGAACCAUUCCGUGUGCGAGGACAGACUGGGAGUUACAAAGAAGCAUUUGAAAUGCAUGAAAAAAAUGCAGACCAGGAGGGAAUGCAGAAGAUUCAGAGGUGGAGGAAAGCGUUGACGAUGGUGGCGAAUAUUAGCGGAUGGAUUUUACAGAAUGGGCCUGAGGCUCAUGUUAUUGAGGAGAUUACUUCCACUGUUUGGAAGAGUUUAAAUAGGGAAUUCUUACAUGUUGAGAAGAACCUUGUUGGGAUGGAUCGACGAAGGGCAUCUUCUACUUGUACUUCUAUUGGUUCAUGGGAUUAUGAAGUUUUCUUGAGCUUUAAGGGUGAAGAUACCAGAUACAAUUUCACAGAUCAUCUCUACGCAGCUUUGUAUCAGAAAGGGAUUCGUACCUUUAGAUUGGGUGAGAUCAGGGGAGAAGAGGUUGCAUCAGCUCUUUUUAAAGCUAUUGAGAAGUCAAGGUGCAUCCUUGUGGUUCUCUCAAAAUACUUUGCCCACUCCAGAUGGUGUUUGGACGAAUUGGUGAAGAUCAUGGAGUGCAGGAACCAAAAUGGAAAAGUAAUUCUUCCAGUUUUCUAUCAUGUGGAUCCUUCCAAUGUGCGAAAGCAGGAAGGGUGGUAUGGAGAAGCAUUAGCCCAACAUGAAUCAAGAAACAUUUUUGGCCACAAGACACAGAGGUGGAGAGCAGCUUUGAGGGAAGUGGGCAAUCUUUCUGGAUGGCAUGUACAGAAUGGGUCUGAGGCGGAUUAUAUUGAAGAUAUUACUCGUGUUAUUUUGAUGAGAUUUAGUCAUAAACUCUUACAUGUUGACAAGAACCUCAUUGGGAUGGAUUAUCAUUUGGAAGAAAUGGAAGAAAAUUUUCCAUGGAUGAUGGAUUCAAUAUCAAAUGAUGUUCGCAUGGUUGGGAUCUAUGGACUUGGAGGAAUUGGUAAGACAACCAUUGCCAAAGUUUUAUAUAAUCAAAUUGCUGCUCAAUUCAUGAUUACUACCUUUAUUGCAAAUGUUAGAGAGGAUUCGAAAAGUCAGGGUCUACUUCAUUUACAAAAGCAACUCCUUCAUGAUAUCUUGCCAAGAAGGAAGAACUUUAUAAGCACUAUUGAUGAAGGGAUCUAUAUGAUAAAAGACAGGCUCUGCUUUAAAAAGGUUCUUCUUGUGCUCGAUGAUGUUGAUGAUUUGAACCAAUUAGAAGCCUUAGUUGGUGAUCAUAAUUGGUUUGGUCCAGGUAGUAGAAUUAUUGUAACAACUAGAGAUAAGCAUUUGCUAGAGGUGCAUGAAGUGGAUACAUUAUAUGAGGCUAAGAAAUUAGAUCACAAGGAAGUUGUUGAACUCUUUUGUUGGAAUGCGUUUAAACAAAACCACCCCAAGGAAGAUUAUGAAACACUUUCAAAUUUUGUAGUAUAUUAUGUUAAUGGUUUGCCAUUAGGUCUUAAAGUUUUGGGUUGUUUCCUAUAUGGCAAGAUAGUACGUCAAUGGGAAAGUGAAUUGCAUAAACUAGAAUGGGAACCUAACCAAGAAAUUCAAUGUGUGCUUAAGAGAAGUUAUGAUGAAUUAGAUUGCACACAACAACAGAUAUUCCUAGAUGUUGCUUGCUUCUUUAAUGGAGAGGAUAAAGAUUUUGUUACUAGAAUCCUAGAGGCUUGUAACUUCUAUGCAGAGAGUGGAAUACGAGUCCUUGGUGAUAAGUGCCUCAUAAGUAUUGUAGACAACAAGAUAUGGAUGCAUGAUUUGUUACAACAAAUGGGGCAAGACAUUGUUGGACAAGAAUUUCUUGAAGAACCUGGAAAAUGGAGUAGAUUGUGUUAUCCUGAUGUUGUAAGUCGUGUAUUAACAAGAAAAAUGGUAAGAGCGAAUGGCAAAUGA